AUGACAUGGCAGGACUAUGUAGACGUUUACUUAAUGAAUGAAUUCCAUGAUAGAAAAAUGACUUCAGCAGCUAUCAUAGGCCACGACGGUGCCGUUUGGGCUAAAAGCGCCAAUUUCCCUAAGUUUAAAGUUAAAGAAAUAGUUGAAAUCAUGAAAGCGUUCGAGAAACCAGAAAAACUUGUUCGAAGAGACCUAUACAUUGGUGGCACUAAGUAUAAAGUUAUACAAGUAGAACAAGAAGAUGUAAUAAACGGAGGAAAGGGCACCGGCGGAAUCGUGGUGAAGAAGACGAAUCAAACAUUGCUGGUCGGGAUAUACGACGAGCCGAUGACGCUGGAACAGUGCAAUAGAAUAGUUAAGAAUGUCGCCUUUUAUAUCAUUGAACAAAACUACUAA